GGGAGCUUCAAUGCUCUCACCCAUCCAGCACUUCUUCUCAUACUCACUGGCACAGAGUCAGAGCAAAAGAAGGCGAAAGAUACGCUGUGUGCGAGCUGUUUGCUGGAAAAGUGGAAAUUGAUAGAUUUUUCGCUACAUCGUUUAUGUAACUUCAUCUUUUCCACUGAGGUAACUUCGUUGUAGCCUAGUUGGACUGAUCAUAGACUAUAUGCCCACAUUGCGCUUUGCUCUGUGAAGAUGGUGAGUGUUCCGGGCGCAAAUGUUCAUCAGGACGGGGAGACUGUAGCCUGGGAACCGAGGGGACAUGAGGAGGAGAGCAAUGCGGCGAUGGAAGCUCGGUGUAGGGCUAGUGAUGAGAAAGCUGACGGGUGGAGGUCUCAGGGAAUCGUCUGGAGAAACGUUAUCCUCAUGGCCCUUCUGCACAUCGGGGCGGUAUAUUCCCUCCUUGUUAUCCCCAGAGCAAAGCCCCUUACCUGGGUCUGGUCCUAUGUGUGUUUCAUUGUGACAGCCCUGGGGGUGACAGCAGGGGUCCAUCGGCUGUGGAGCCACCGCUCCUACAGGGCCAAGCUCCCUCUCAGAGUCUUCCUCGCAGCAGCCAACUCCAUGGCCUUCCAGAAUGACAUCUAUGAGUGGGCGAGAGACCACCGUGUGCACCACAAGUUCUCAGAGACAGAUGCAGACCCCCACAAUGCAACACGAGGCUUCUUCUUUGCUCACAUUGGCUGGCUGUUUGUGCGUAAACACCAUGCUGUCAUCGAGAAGGGAAAAAAGCUGGACGUCACUGACCUCUUGGCUGAUCCCGUCGUCCAGUUUCAGAGAAGGUACUAUAAGACCUCUGUCCUGAUAAUGUGCUUCCUGGUUCCCACCGUGGUUCCCUGGUACUUCUGGGGCGAGACGCUGUGGAACUCCUACUUCCUGGCGUCCAUCUUGCGUUACACCGUCUCGCUCAACGUCACCUGGCUGGUGAACAGCGCCGCCCACAUGUACGGGAACCGACCGUACGACCAGAACAUCAGCCCCCGCGAGAACCGCUGGGUCACCUUCGGAGCCAUCGGUGAAGGUUUCCAUAACUUUCACCACACGUUCCCCUUUGACUACUCUACCAGUGAGUUCGGCCUGCGUUUCAACCCCACCACAUGCUUCAUCGAUCUCAUGUGCUGGAUGGGCCUGGCCAGCAACCGCAAGAAGGCCUCCGUGAAAAUAAUACAGGCCAGGAAACUACGGACAGGGGAUGGGAGCUACGGGGCAGUCUACACUACACAAGAGAAAGAAGCAUGAGUGGUGGUUCUCACUGAACCAAGUUGUCCAUGAUGAAGAUGUCAAUAUAUUCUUAUACCGCCAUGCAUUAUGAUUUGCCUGCUAUAUUUUCUACUUUGUUAUUUUUGGUCCCCAAAAUUACAUAUUAUGUUCUGACACAAAGGUGUAGUUUUUGACUCACUGGUUAGUUAAUCCAAGGUUUGAUGUGGAAAUCAAGACAACCAGACACCUUUUUUUGAAAUCAGAAAAUCUAAUCCUACCAUUGAUACUUAACUGUUGCAUGAGCUUCCACAAGCCAGGUUCUGCAGUACAAUACCCUGUGGAGAAGGGUUUCUACUGCAGUGUGACUGGUAGUGAGACAUGAAAGAUCACUCCUGCAUUCAGGAUACACGUGCUGUUUAUUGUCAAUAUUUCGGUUGUCGUGUCUUGAAAAAGGUCACAGAACGAAACGUGGACAGUAAAUGUCACAUGCAGAGGUAAUGGUGUGUGGGAGUUAACUCCUGUCACCUGUACCAAGUCAACCCACCCCCUCCAAUCCUUCAUCACAUCUACAGAUAAACUUAGGUGGUGUGAAAAAUGGGUUCUGGGUACAGAAUGUUAUUUUAUUCCCUUACCAUCAAUCAGAAUGUAUCGCCUUUGAUGUAUAACUUUUUUUAAUCCAAGUUCAGCCUGUCUGAGACCCAGACAUACAGAAUACAUGAAAGUCUAAAUAAGUUUAUUGCUAGUGUCAGCACUCUGACUGAGUGACUGGCACACUGACUGAAGAAGGACUGACUGACUGACUGACUGAGGACUGACUGACUGAUUGACUGAGUGGAUGAGUAAUACUGGUCUUUAACUGAUUUAGUCUUGAAUGAUAAGAGGAGUUGAACUCUAUGCUUUCAGAGAAUCUAACAGACUGUGGAAGAAGUGGUAGCAAGGACCUACUGUAGUUUUAAGUUUUGCAGGUUAGCGUUUUUCGUCACUAGCUGGCACAGCCACAAAGUAAUCAAAUCUGAUUUAAAACCCUCAACUUAACCACACUGCUAACCGUAAUGCCUAACCCUACCCUAACGUUAAAUUAAUGUUUCAUGAAUUUUUA